AUGAAAAUUAUAAUAGUGCUUAUUUUGAGUUUAUUUUUUUACCCUCCAUUGACAACACAAGAUAGUACGGUCGUCAAAAAUCAGGUAAUUUGCAAUAUAGCUGGAAGUGUCUGGACGAGUACUUAUGUUUUCGAUAUAAACCAACUUCCAGAACGUUGUGAUAUAAUUACAAUAGGUCAAUAUGCUUUUAACCGUGAUGAUGGUACUAAUACCCGUAUCACGGAAUCAGAUAAAGGUGUAAUAAGAACCUUGAUAGAAGCUAAUAAACCUGUGUACACACGCAUUGGGUUCUUGUAUAAAGAUGAUUGGAGUUCAAUAUUUGAUCCUCCGGAUGCAGAUGUAUUUCAGAAGAAAAUAUUUGAUCCAUUAGUCAAUUUUUUAAAUACUUUUAAAGUUAAUGGUAUUCUUAUUAAUUGUGAAGACAUAUACAAUGUUGAUAUAGAUGAUUUUGCACAAAAAAUGAGUAACUUUGUGUCUGCAAUUAAAGGAAAAGUAGAUAAAUUAAUAGUUGGUUUAAUCAUAUAUGGUGGGUACUAUGAAAAAUUUCCAGAUAAUACUCUUUUUGAUUUUUCAAUAACAAAUAAAGUAUUGGAUCUUUAUAUCAUUGAUUGGUCAGUAUUAAACGAUUGUGAAGAGGAUAAAACAAAAACUGAUAUGACUCCAGUAACAUCCACUACUCCGAAUACGACGACUAUAGAACAAGUUACUUGUGGUGUGACUAGUUCGUGUAUGGAUAAAUCGAAAAUAUAUGCUUUGAUACAAAUGCUUCCAGUAAUUCCAGAAAAUCUUGUUCCCGAAGGCGCUAAGCGUAUUUCAACGUAUUCUAUAUAUUGUGCCAUUCCCGAUCAAGCUAGUUCAUCUCAAUGGUGUACUAGCCCUUCAAAAAUGUCAUAUGAUCAAGGAGUACACGCAAAAAAGUUCUAUGUUGGAAUUGUCUUACAACAGCUCGAUACAGAUGAUUACGAGAGCAAAUGUGAAUGUGGCCCAUUUCCAGUAUCAAACACAAUAAUUGAUGGAUGGACAGGAUGUCCUUUUAAAAAUUGUCGAAAACUAGAUCGAAAUUAA